AUGUUUAACUAAGAUCUUGAAAACACUCUGUUUUAAAAAUAUGAUCUUCAACAUCAAUAUCAAUUAUCAAAUUUGUUCAAUCAUAUUGAUGAAAUUGAAAAGAAUGUAGUGUUUUAAUUAAUAUUUUAAAUAAAUUUAUCAAUCAUUCUAUCAAUUAAUUGGAGGAAUUAAAACUAAAUAUAUUUAUCUAAGGAGUAAAUCUUUAACUUGAACUCAAAACAAAUAAUUUUGUUAAACCAUCCAAUUCAAAUCGUUGAGAUCUAUUAUCUAAACACUCAUUCAAAAAUUUUCAAGUGGACUUCAAGAUUAAAUAUAAAAACUAAAUUAAGACAUAAAUUUAAAUUAAUUGAAUUAUUAUCAAGUGUCUGA